AAAGAUCGAGCCGUUUGAAAUUGAUUUUUCAGGUAACAAAGUUUGAACAUGGCGUUGAGAUCGAUCUGCCGGCUGUCAAUUGAUUCGACCUUCAGCCAUUUGAGCCAUUUGGGAGCCACCGCCCGGCCGAGACGAUCGUCUUUCGCAUUGCUCGCACGAAGUUUCGCCACUGUUGCAGAAAAUAUGAGUCUGCCGCGCGUUUUCUUUGACAUGACCGCGGAUAAUAAACCCGUGGGUCGCAUCGUAAUGGAGUUGAGGAGUGAUAUUGUCCCCAAAACAGCAGAGAAUUUUAGAGUUCUUUGUACUGGUGAGAGAGGCUUUGGUUAUAAAGGAAGCAGUUUCCAUAGAGUGAUUCCAAACUUCAUGUGCCAAGGAGGUGAUUUCACCAACCACAAUGGCACUGGUGGAAGGUCCAUCUAUGGCGCGAGAUUUGACGAUGAGAACUUUACAUUGAAACACACCGAACCUGGUAUUCUUUCCAUGGCAAAUGCAGGUCCAAAUACAAAUGGUAGUCAGUUCUUCAUCACCAGUGCCAAAACAAGCUGGCUUGAUGGCAAACAUGUUGUAUUUGGAAAAGUUAUCGAAGGAAUGGAUGUUGUUAGAAAAUUGGAAAGUAUGGGAUCUCAAAGUGGAAAGACUUCCAAAAAAAUCGUAGUAGCUGACAGUGGAGAACUGUAAUUGUUCGACUAGAUACUCUAAUGACUGCAUUUUUAUUUAGCUGUUGCAUACAACUGUUGCUAUCUUUAUUGUAUGACUCAUUCAUUCUAAUCAUCACCAUUUUCCCUUAAUAUUAUGGACUUAGUUUCCAUAUUUAAAAAAGUGUAUAUUUACCUUAAUUUGGUAUUAACAAAUCAAGUGCAUUGUAUUAUUUUUUUUAUUACAAUUAAUUGAAAUUGGAAUAUACAAUGAAAUAGAAUCUAAUGAGAUAAUUUCUUGUUCUGUCUUUUUUUUAAUUAUAAAAAACUUCAAUUUCUUGUUUAUUAUUACCUGCAAUAAGCAACAUACUUCUCCUAUAUUAAAAUGGAAUGUAAAACAAAUGAAAAAGAUUUAGAUCCACAUUCUUCCAUGGAAUAUUGAUCCUUUAAUGGUAUUAAAUGGUAUAUCACAGUAAAACGUACAUAUAUGAACUGUACGUCUUAUAAAACUUUCCUGUGUGUACUAUUCAUAUUUUAGUAUCUAAUAAGAAUAAAAUUCGUAAGCAUUUACUUACAUUUCUAAGGUCCAUAAAUAAUUAGUGAGUGUUACAUGAUUACUGUAUAAUGCAUUUAUCUGUGACGUUACGAUAUUUUAACUUUUCUAUUGUGCUUUUAUACUUAGAACCACCAAAAUAAUGCUCAUUAUCUAGGGCAUUAUUCGUUUUGAUAUGUAUACACCAUCCCAUUUCUAAGCACAGAUUGGUAAUAGAGGUUUGAUUAGUGUAAACCAUAAGAUAAUGCCUUUAGAUAAUUCCAUCUUCUUCUAAUGUAACACUAACGUUGAAAGAUGUAGUUGCAGCGGUCACAGUAAUUGGGAUUUCUAUAAAAUAAAAUUGUUUUCAGAAGUAA